AUGUAUGGACGGGCUGAGCCACGUCAACAGCCCGGCUAUGCCUGUGAAGAAUGCCGCAAGAAAAAGCUUCGAUGUGACAGGCAGCGUCCGCAAUGCGGCGCAUGUGCCAAUGCCCAAAUCCCCUGCGAAGUCAACGACCGUCGCGUACCUCGCGGUCCCAAAAAGGGAAGCAUAGGAGCACUUCGUAGUCGCAUCGUUGCACUAGAGCGCCGUCUCUCUACAUCGCAAGCCGAGGAUAACGGGACACCGAAUAGUCAUGAGCUUGGUUUGGCACCAGAAUCUCCAUCAAAGGAGGGCAUUCCGACACAAUUUCCCUUAGUACCUGAUUGGGAUUUAUCCCAACAGGAACAACCUCUCAGUGGUUCGAUUCCUCUAGCAUGGGGACCGCCGGCGACUGCACCUCACUCACCAUUGCUAUUCUCUGAGUUCCCGGUCAUACCCACAAUAGCAGCAUCGUACCCAUCACCAAAGCAGAGCCCAGUUUCAGUUGGUGAUGUUUUUGUAUCAGACCUCACGAAAGCAGAUUUAAUGCAGCUUUAUUUUGACCGGGUUCAUCCAAUUGCUCCUAUUUUCAACAAGUCGAAAACUUUUGGAUGGAUAAACGACGCGAGUAACAUCAGUGAACCUCAACAAUGUCUACAGUAUGCCAUGUUGACAUCCGCUACGGCCUUCUCAAGUCAGUUUAGCGGUCUCCAAGACGCCAUUUACGCCAAGACUCGAUUUAUGCUGGACCAAUUGGACCUGAAUUGCAGUGACUCUCCAAUUUGCCAUAUCGAGCACCUGCAAGCAUGGAUUCUUAUCACAUUCUAUGAGUUUGCUAAGACCAAUUACCGUCGUGGGUGGCUUAGCGCUGGCCGAGUCUUCCGCCUGGUUCAAUUUCUAAAGCUUUACGAGCUAGAUGGUCCCAGGGUCUUGGGGACGGAGGGUGAUGACAAUGCGAUUACGUUGGAGGAAAAGAGGCGCACAUUCUGGGUGGCUUAUUGCCUCGACCGGUUCGUUAGCCUGAGCGAAGGUUCUCCCAUGACGUUGAACGAGGAAGUAGUAUUUACACGUCUUCCAUGUCCAGAUGACGAUUUCCAAAGAGGUCUCGUGCAACAAGAGCCCUUCUUAGCAGAAACUAUGACAUCUGCCGACAUGAGACCAUAUGCGCCACUAGCAGAAUGUGUGAUUCUAGUCACCAUCUGCAGCCGAGCCCUGCCUCACAAACAGAUCUACACGAUAGAAGCUUUGUAUAGCAACAUUCCUCUCGAUUUUACUUCUAGACACGACUGGUUAGACGGAAUACUUACACGCCGACUUAAUAAUCUGCAACUCAACUACCCGUCCUUGACUGUGGCUGAGAACCCAAUGAUUAUUUACUCGUACAUGAUCGCUUAUUCGGCUAUCAUGUACUUGUGCCGUAUCAUAGAGACGUUGUCCAUAAGCGACCAAAGCCAAUCUCUUGUGUGGGAAUACCAAGAUCGAGGGCUCUGGGCGGCUCAGGAAAUAUCUCGGAUGGCGAAGGAGCAUGAAUAUCUUGGUUAUUUCAAGGCUCAUACGUUUAUGCCUCUGACCAUAUAUCUAAGUGUGGUGAGGCUUCGAACACAUCUAGAGGUCCGAAAAGGGGAUCUAGAUAAGGAGGAGAUGGAUAAUGUGGAGAAGUCGCUUCACAGUUCCAUCGAGGCGUUGCAGAAGUUGCAGUCAGUAAAUAAUCUCUCGAGUUAUUACUUGCAACUUCUGUAA